UCCUAAUAGACAUUUUAGAGCUGUAAAAUUUCAUGUUUAAUUCAGUUUUAUAUCUGUAACUGGAUUUCAUGAUGAUGUUAAUAAGUAAUGGGUGGAGUUAUUAUAUUUUCUUUCUUCGCUCAAGUCAGUGGAGCAGCUGCCCGGAGCAUCUGAGAGGAGCUGGAAAUAUUGAUACUUUUAUAUGCAAAUAAAAAAUUAUGUUCAGUCUGAUGUUCAUGUAGUGUCUUAUAAUUUUAUGAUUUUAAUGUUCACACUUGUUCUGAUUUAUUUUGCCGUAUCAUAGCCCUUUAUUAUCAUAAUCUUUAAACCAAUGAUUUCAUUACCAUUGGUGUGCAUUAGCCUUUAAACCCCCUUUUUGUUUUCUUGUCCUUUUAAAUAUCUUGUAAAGUUCUCUGAAUUGCAUUUUGAUUUGUUUGAAAGGUGUGAUAUAAGAAAUGCUUGGUUUAUUGAUUUACAGACAUCUGUAUGUCAGAGUAUGCCAUUUAAACAAUAGUUUGAAUUAGUUUAAUGCGCCGCCUGCACUGGAGCUUCAGACCAGGACGAGCAAGGGCUAGCUGGUUAGCAUGCUAACUUCAGUAGCUAUCUAUGCAAUAUAGAACACUAACAUUGUGAGGUCAGAACUGAUGCUUUUUCACAAAAGUUUUGACAAUUUUGACAAAAAAUCCUACAUACUGCCCCUUUAAAAACAUAAUCUAUGCAUUGUUAAACAGUAUUUCACAGUUCCUAGUUAAAGCCUCUGCAAAGUUUCCUCAGAGAUUGUCCUUUCUGAAAAGCAAACUGUGUCCCUGCCCACAUCUGCCAGCCACAGAACUUUAAAGAAUAAGUUAAAAACUUGAAAAUUCAGUCAUUUUCUUGCUGGUGGAAAGUCAGGGGAAAUUUUGUACUCCACGAAACAUUCAUGGAGCUCAGAACAAUGCUGCAAAGCUGUUUUGUUGCAAAGCUCCGUAAAAGUGUUGACUCUCCAUCAAGAAUGGGGGUGAGUAAAUAAUGUUUGUUCAUGAGCUUUACUCCCGUGGGUAAGGGGGGAGAAAAAAGCGAAAUGACAGAACUUGUCAAUCUUUUACAGGUCAGCUGCUUGAGCCGACUGAAAUGGUUCAUAGCUCAUCAGUUUUAGUGAGCGCACCUGAUUAGUCACAAGGUUGAAAAGCAAAGUUCACCAAAUGUUCGCUCAGUGUGCUAAACAUACUCAAGAUGCUGAGAACACUGGACGUGCUUCUUCUCGUCUCUCUUGUCGGGGCGGCGAACGCCUUGUACAAGCAGUGGAUUCCUGACACCAACUAUGAAAAUCAGACCAACUGGGACCACGGGGCUGUUCCUUGUGGCAACGACAUAGUGAAGUUCCCAGCGCUGAGAAAAGUGUCCGUGUUUGUGGAGACCACGCAUGCUGUGCAGGAGAUGAUCCUGCCAGUGGACGGAGAGUUCAUCCUGAAUUCAGGAGCCGGUUUUUAUGUCGUGAGUGGACGGGAUCCGGACUGCGGUGCAGGUGUCACGGCCCAGUUCAAAGAUUCAGAGUCUGUCGGAUGGUUUAAUCCGGCUCUGUGGCAGGCGGCUGCGAAUCUGGAUGACCUGCAGCGUGGAAACGUCCUGUUCUCGGUCCACGAGGAGAGCGUCCCUUGCGGGUAUGAUGACGUGGUGUUCAAAGCCCGCUCCUCUUUCAGGGUGGACACCAGCUCGAGUGAGUCGAGCAUUCCUGUGAAAUCUGUGUCGGUGCUGGGGAAGAAGUUUGAGAGCAGCUCUGAGUUCUCUGAGUAUCUCGGCUCGCGCUCAGGCCGACUGCAGUUUCACGGAUCGUCUGCUGUGACAGUCGGACACCCCGGCUGUGAGGAUCCUUCUGGCUGUGACUGUGGGAACUCUGUGAACCAUCAGCGGAUCUGUGGCUCUGUAACAUGUGCCUCCCCCAACUGUCGGAAGCCUCUCCUCCCUGAAGGACACUGCUGCGAUGUGUGUGGAGCCAUCGUCACCAUCCACACCGCCGCCACCUUCAACCUGCAGUCUUACAGGCAACGAAUCCAUCACCUGUUCCUCAUCCAGCCGCAGUACAAAUCCAUUCAGCUGGGCAUGUCUAAAGUCUUCAAGCCACAGCGGUUGAUGGGGAUUAUCCCCUUUGGUAGCUCGGCUGUGAUCCAGGUGGUUAUCCUGGACGGAGAGGAAGGAAAACAGGCGGAGAGGCUGGCAAGGGACAUCUGUAAGGACGCCCGCAAGCAUGGGUCCAACCUGGGGAUCACCGGGGAUGAAUUUCAGGCCUCUUCUGGGAGCAGCAGCGAUCAGUCUGGAGCCAAAGCUGCAACGGUGGUUGGGGUUGUGUUCGGAGUUCUGAUUAUGACCGCACUCAUUGUAAUCACAGUCUUCCUGGUUCAUAAGGGGGUUGUUCGAAUGCCAUCGAUGCCAUCAAUGCCAUCAAUGCCAUCGAUGCCAUCGAUGCCAUCAAUGCCAUCGCUGCCGUCUCUGAGAAGCUUGAAGAGAAACAGCGGUGUCGGAGAGCUCGGCGGGCCUCUCGACCACGGCUUUGAUAACCCAAUGUUCGACCAGCCCAACAUGCUGCCUGAUGUUCUUGGUUCGAACGGGACUGGAGCAAAUUCCUCAAUCUCUUUGACUCAGACUGGUGUGUACUUCGUGAAUCCAGUUUAUGACGACAAUGAGACAGAAUUCAGUGCCUGAAGCGAUAAAGUCGAAGUUUUAAUGAUUUCAGAGGU